CGCUCGUUUCCUCAAUUAUUAUUCUUUCAACCAAUGUUGUCAAAGGAGUGGGGGGUAGAUAUUCCGGGGCUCAAGAAAACGUAUAAACCAUUUCAGUAAACCAUAUUUUAUCUUUAUAGUCAGUCUCAAUGUGAAGCUUACCAUUCCUUUUAUUUUUUAAUACUUAUUAUGUACUCCUAAAAUAUUAUAUAGUAAACUUCAAUGUUUUAUCCUCUAAUCUCUAUUUGUGAAUUUAAUAAAACGUAAAUUACGAAAUCAAGCUAUUAAGUAGCUCGAUACAAAUAUUCACAUAUACUCUCUGCGCAGCACAAACGGGACCAAAGAGUAUUCUUUUCUUCACGGGACUCCCCAUCAGCGCCCAUCAGAGAAUAAUAAUGCCCUGGGAUGGAAGGCGCGCGCAUUUUCUGGUUCCUGAAUCAAGAAUCCUGAUCUUAUCUAAUAACAACCAAGGGAUUGGUGAAUUCUGCUUUCUGUAGUGGGCAUAUGUCUGAAAUGUGUUCCUUUCUGUUGUAACACAUAUAUCUUUCUGUACUUCGAACGCUCCAAGUAAUGUCAAUCUCCAAAUGUGUUUGGUUAGUUCUGCGUUGAUACAUGAAUACCUCCCAGUUAUACUUUAGGUAUCCUGAGGUUACUUGAAACAAUGGGUAAACGAAAAAAUGGAAAAGAUACAUCGACCGACGACGAAACCGCUGAUGGAAGCGAAGUUUCCCCUCAAAAGCGACAUAAAAGGCACAAACACAAGAAACACAAAAGAAAGAAACUACUGGAAGAAAGUGAAGGAUCACAAGAUCUUUCAUUCGAUGACUGUGAUCCAACUAAACCUUCCCUUAAAUUGAAAAUUAAAUUUGGGAAGGAAGCCAGUGAUAAAGCAGCAUUAUCAAAAAUGUUUAGAAGUGGAUCUUCCUUGUCUCCCGAGAAAAUAAAAGAAAAAUCAAGUCCUGUCAAGGUAGGAGAGAAAAGUGCAACUGUCAAUUCAUCUCCAAAGAUUAAAAAGAAGAAGGGAAAAGGAAAAGACAGUGGUACAUCUAGUGAAGAAGAACGGUGGUUAGAUGCUAUAGAAUCUGGAAAGCUGGAAGAGGUUGACGAUGAGUUAAAGAAAAUUAAGCCAAAAGAUCCGAAGUUGAUGACUGCAAGACAAAGAGCAAUGUUUGAACGAAAAACCGAUAAAGAACCUAGUCCUGGGGGAGAACAAUUAAUGUCUCUUCCUUCUGGUUACAAAGAAAAAGUAAUGACUGCUGAAGCACUGCAGAAAGCUGCUUUAAAGUCGCAGAAAAGAAAGCAAUUAGCAGAUGAAAAAAGAGAGAAAGACAAGAAAAAAACUAUGGAACGUCUUUUGAAAAAGCAAGAGUCAAAAGGUGGAAAAGGUUGCAAAUCAAGAUCAUUAAGGAAACAAGUACCACAUAUUAGCUACAGAAAUAGCAGUGACCAAAUCACUAUCUCUCUUCCCUCUGGAAUGGACUUCCCUUUGAUGCCACAACAACUUUCAGAGUAAGUGAGAUUCAUUUAAUAAUUUAAAUGCUGCAGUGUCUUGAGAUCAUUGUUUGAAACAGAUACAUACAAAAUGUAGAAUCGACAUUUUUUUUUUUUCAAAGUUUGACAUUUUCUUCUUAUUCAUAUUUGUUGUGGAAAAAAGAACAAAAAAGUCAAUUGAUGCAACAUAAUCAAAAUAAAGUUUUAAUUGUAAAAAUACAAUUAGAAACCAUUUGGUCAAAUUAUGUAUAUCAUAAAUAACAAUUCAAAUUAAAGGGACUGCAAAAUUAUAAUUUUGUCUCCCCAAUGUUGAUUUACACGAACAUGCAAUAUUAAGGUGGCCAUCUUAACUGAGAAGGUCCUGUUUCUGAAUAGUAAAUUUAAAAUGUAAUAAAAUACAAUUACAUAAUUUACGUGAAACAUAAAGACAAUUAUAUGAGUACAUUAUUAGCAACACAUCUCCAUCUAAAAGUAAACACGUUAAUGAUUAUCAAAAUUAAAAUAUCUAAGGAGAUUUAGUCUGACUGAAAUGGUUAUAUAAUGAAUAUUGACAUUAUUUGAAACUUGCUUCAAUUUCAUUUCUGUGUAUGUUCUGAUUUCAUUACAUUGUGCCCUCUGAAAGUGAUUGACAACUCAUUUUUGUUAAAUCCUGGACAUCCUUCUUGGCAUCUUUUUCUUUAAGAUACACUAAAGAAAUAAUAUACCCAAUAAAGACAUUUAUGUCAUCAACACAAGCUCCCAUGCUCUAAAUUAGUAUUGUAUUUAUUUGAUCAUC